UACCGAUCGAACCAGUGCCAGAUAACUUAUUAAUAUAGAAAAUGCAUUUGAAAAACAUGAUGCGUCUAAUCUUUGUAAUGUCGGCCGUUUUGGUGGUUGCAUUCGCCGAGGAAGAGAUGUACUCGUCGAAAUAUGAUGAUAUCGACAUCGAAGAAAUUCUAGCGAAUACGAAGCUCAGAGAACAGUAUUUGAAAUGCUAUUUGGAAACAGGGCCCUGUGUUACGGCAGACGCAAAAUACUUCAAAGACCGAUUUCCUGAAGCUUUUGUGACAAAAUGCAAAAAGUGCACACCGAAGCAAGUAAUAUUUUUCGACAAAAUUUCAGAAUGGUUCACGGAAAAUGAACCAGAGAUGUGGAAAGCUGUCAUUGAAAAAGCAGUUCAAAAUGUUCAGAAUAAAGGGGGUGAACGGUAAUAGUCGUAUUCGUACAUUUUAAGAUAAAUAAUGGCGUGAAAAAUGUAAUCGUACAACCUUCAAUUUUAUGAUUAACUUUGAAGUAGUGAAACCAAAUUAUAUCAACUGUUUACACUUAUGUAAUUUUAUUGAAUAAUAAUAGUUACUAAUUACCAAAAUUCACAAAAAAUUUCUUAUACUUUUCGCCGGUCAUUUUAACAUGGGUGAAACUGUAGAAAAGCUACCUAUCUUCCGAUUUGGAUGAUUUUUGGAUAUGUUGUAAAACUCGACAUUUUGAACAAAUUUUUCCGAUACAUAUAAUGGGGGAAGUUGCUUAGUUUCCGAGAUAUUCACGACAAAGUGCCGAUACUAGUGCAUUGAAUUAGCUUCGCUAAGCUUAACCUUAACUUUCAUUUAUUUGAUUGAUUCAGAAUAAGGAUUCAUUCUUAUUUAACAGAGGUAGUAACGUAA